AUGGAUGUUACUUAUAUUACCAGAGGUGGAUUUGGUAAAAUUUAUUCGGCUGAUUUGCCUGAAGGAUAUAUUAAAUACUGGGAUAUUGAAAAUCAAAAAUGGAAAAGGGAUAGUAAUAUAAAAGUUGCAUUAAAAAGUUUGGAUAAUUCAUCUUGUAUAAGUACAGAAUUUUUAAAUGAGAUUAAAACUCAUCUUCAGAUUUAUCUUUGGAAUGUUAUUCAAUGUUAUGGAAUAACUCAAGAUCCAGAUACCAAAGAUUAUAUGAUGGUUUUAGAAUAUUGUAAAAAUGGAAAUUUGAGAAAUUACUAUCUCAAUAAUGAAUCAGGUUAUUAUUCAAAAAUUGAAGAAUUAUUACGAAUUGCAAUGGGACUUCUAGAUAUCCAUAAUGCUGGAAAAGUUCAUAAAGAUUUUCAUUCAGGCAAUAUAUUAUAUAAUGGUAGUGAAGGUACAUUUAUAAGUGAUUUAGGAAUGUGCCAACCAGCAAAUAAUGAAAAUCAAUUAGUUAAACAUGAAGGAAUUUAUGGAGUAUUACCUUAUAUGGCACCAGAAGUUUUACGUGGAUAUCAAUAUACAAAAGCAUCUGAUAUUUAUUCAUUUGGAAUAAUGAUGAAUGAAUAUAUAUCUGAAGAAACUCCUUAUAAUAAUAUUCCUCAUAAUCAUGCUUUGGCUAUUAAAAUAUGUAAAGGACUUAGACCAAAUAUUUUUAAAUAUACACCAAAAUUACUUACAGAUUUGAUUACUAAAUGCUGGGACGCUAAAGCAGAAAAUAGACCAACUGCUAAGGAAUUGUAUCAAACACUAAAUAAAUGGUAUAAUUAUUGGUAUAAAAAUAGUAAUAGUACUGAAUCUCAAGUAUAUGAAGAUAUUGAUACUGAAUCUCAAGUAAAGGAAUAUAAUAAUAAGAUCAAAUUAAACAGAACAAGUGAAAAAAGAUCCAAUAACAUUCAAACACAUCCACAAUCAAUCUACACUAGUAGACUUUUAAAUUUCAAAAAUCUUCCAGAACCAGUAAAUUCAGAUUCAGAAUGUUUAGAUUGUCAAUUAAACGAAUUAGAUCUUAAUGAAAUUAAUCAAGAUGAUGAAAAUAAUUCUGAAUGA